AUGACGUGGAAACCGGACACUAACAAGCUCCUUUCAUUGGAGGACUUGGCGCUGAUUGCAGACCUGUCAGGUUGUCCUCCACCCGUUCUCCCAGCCUUCUGUCACAACGACUGCCUCGCCAACGAGUACCGUUCCAUAUCUGGAGUCUGCAACAAUAGGCACAAGCCUUUCUGGGGCACAGCCAACAGUGCCUUGGCCAGAUGGCUUCCGGCAGAAUAUGAAGACGGAGAAAGACAACCAAAGGGCUGGAACCAUGGGCAACUAUAUAAUGGCUUCCAACUUCCCCCGGUACAUGAAGUCAGCAAGAAAAUACUGCAGAGCUCCAGCAAACCCAUGUUGCUAGAUGCUGUUUAUUGUCAGAUGCUAGUGGACUGGGGCCAGUACAUCGACCAUGACAUAUCCUUCACUCCUCAAAGCACAAGCAGAGCUGCUUUCUUGGGAGGACUGGACUGUUUAAAGACGUGCGAAAACAUAAACCCUUGUUUCCCUAUUGAGACAUUCCCUGAUGACAAACUGUCUGGGAACAGAAGCUGUGUGCCGUUCUUUCGUUCGUCGCCAGCCUGCUUCUCCGGUAAUGCACAGGCUGCGACGGCGGACAUCAAACACGCGCUACAACGUCAACAAAUGAACUCAAUCACGUCUUUCCUGGAUGCAUCCACUGUAUACGGCCACACCCCAUAUUUACAGAGUGCCCUUCGAGACCUCUCAAACACUGAGGGUCGGCUGGCUGUCAACAGCAGAUUCACUGACCGUAGUGGCAGACCCUACCUGCCUUUUGUCCCCAACACCCCGUCUCCAUGCUUCCAAGAUCCAGGGGAUCCUCAGGGGGAAAGGGUGGAUUGUUUCCUGGCUGGGGACAGCAGGGUGAAUGAAGUUCUGACUCUGGUGGCUCUACACACGUUGUGGAUGAGAGAACACAAUAGAAUCGCAGAGGCCUUGAAUGGCCUCAACCCACACUGGAGCUCAGAGGUUAUUUACCAAGAGGCCCGCAAGAUCAUCGGAGCUCUGCACCAGAUUAUAACCACCAGGGAUUAUGUUCCCAAAAUCAUUGGAAAAGAGGCUUUUGAUCUUUACAUUGGUCCCUAUGGGGGCUAUGAUCCAACUACAGAGCCCUCAGCCUCCAAUGUGUUCUCUACUGCUGCAUUCCGAUUUGGCCAUGCCACUAUUCCCUCAGUUCUCCGGAGACUCAACCAGAGCUUCCAGGAACAUGAACGCUUCUCCUCUUUGAGUCUGCAUAAGACUUUCUUCAGUCCCUGGCGACUCGUCAAAGAGGGUGGACUAGAGCCAGUCCUCCGAGGUCUGUUGGGGACGCCGGCGACAGCAGUGACCCCAGAAAACCUACUGACAGAGGAGCUGACAGAGAGACUGGUUGUGCUUACUGUCCCAGGGGGUUUGGACUUGGCCGCACUCAACCUGCAGAGGGGACGUGACCAUGGACUUCCAGGUUACAAUGACUGGAGGACGUUCUGUGGACUUGACAGAAUAGAGACUCAAGACGACUUCAGAGAAGUUGUAAAGGAUGCAAGUGUUGUUGGGAAGAUCAUGGACCUGUUUAGACAUCCUGACAACAUUGACGUGUGGCUAGGAGGACUGGUAGAGGAACCUCUGUCUGGCUCCAGGACUGGUCCACUCUUUUCAUGUCUCAUUGGAAAACAGAUAAAGAUGAUUCGAGAUGGGGACAGGUUCUGGUGGGAGAGUGAGGGUGUGUUUACACAGGGUCAGAGGGUGGAACUUCUAAGGCACUCUCUAUCUCGCGUGAUCUGUGACAACAGUGAAGUGAAAGAGGCCCCUCUUGACCCCUUCAGGUUUGGGAAAUACCCUGACGGGUUUCUCUUGUGUGACAAUAUACCAUCGAUGAACUUGGAGGCCUGGAGAGAGGAGCCUAGCCCAGAACUGCACGAGUUACAAGUCCUCAAUCCCGGCUUCUCCAGCGAGGAUGUCCCUGAUGCUGUGAAGCAGCUGACCUUUCCCUGUGUCUGGUCUUUAGCCCUUAACAGCGGUGAUAGGUCAGAGGUGAUCGCCUGGUUUAACCUCACCAGGAGCCUCGCUUUGGACCUAAGUGCCAAAGACCCAGAGCUGAACUUCACUGACAUGUUUCUGAACUACGUCAGUGUGUUACCUCUCUCGCUGGAGAACCUCAACUCCCCUUGGAACAACCUGUUUAGAUGUUCCGUCCCCAAUAUGGUGGACUUUAAGUGGUUCUGGACCGGUUCAGACGGACAUUUUGGUGUACAAAGCGCCCUGUGA